AUGGCAUCGGCAAUGGAUGUUGACGACGAAGAAGUCGAAAUGCCGUCGUCCAGCAGUGGUAAAGGGGAUAAGAAAAGAUUCGAAGUUAAGAAGUGGAAUGCUGUUGCGUUGUGGGCUUGGGAUAUCGUGGUGGACAACUGUGCAAUUUGCCGUAACCACAUAAUGGAUCUCUGUAUAGAAUGCCAAGCAAAUCAAGCAUCUGCCACUAGUGAAGAAUGUACAGUUGCUUGGGGAGUCUGUAAUCAUGCCUUCCACUUCCAUUGCAUUUCUCGAUGGCUUAAAACCAGACAAGUGUGCCCAUUGGACAACAGAGAAUGGGAAUUCCAAAAGUAUGGGCAUUAG